AACCAUGUUUUAUAGAUGUUUGUUUUCUGCGCAGCAUCAACACGGUUUGUCAAAUGCGAGAAGUGUCAUCACUUUUUCGUGGUCUUAUCUGAAACGGACUCUAAAAAAGGGCUAAACAAAGAGCCGGAAUCGGCCGCCGAGGCAGUGAAGCUGGCGUUUGCACAGAAACCUCCUCCUCCUCCCAAGAAGAUUUAUGCCUAUCUGGAUAAGUAUGUUGUCGGCCAGUCGUAUGCGAAGAAGGUCUUGGCUGUGGCGGUGUACAAUCACUACAAGCGCAUCUACAACAACAUCCCUGCAGGGAGCCGACAGCAGGUGGAGGCGGAGAAACAGCCGUCUUUAACACCACGAGAGCUAGAGAUGAGAAGACGAGAGGAUGAAUACAGAUUCACAAAGCUGCUGCAGAUCGCAGGAAUCAGUCCUCAUGGAAACGCUCUUGGUGCGACCAUGCAGCAGCAGGCCAGCCAGCAGCCACCUCAGGAGAAGAGGGGAGGGGAGAUCCUGGACUCCACUCACACUGACAUCAAACUGGAGAAAAGCAACAUCAUACUCCUCGGUCCUACUGGUUCAGGGAAAACAUUGCUGGCGCAGACACUGGCUCGCUGUCUUGAUGUUCCUUUUGCGAUCUGCGACUGCACCACUCUCACCCAAGCUGGAUACGUGGGAGAGGACAUCGAGUCGGUUAUCGCCAAACUUCUGCAGGAUGCCAACUACUCAGUGGAGAAAGCACAACAAGGUAUCGUGUUCCUGGAUGAAGUGGAUAAGAUUGGCAGCGUGCCUGGAAUCCAUCAGCUGAGAGAUGUGGGCGGGGAGGGCGUUCAGCAGGGAUUGCUGAAACUCUUGGAGGGAACAAUCGUCAACGUUCCAGAGAAAAACUCUAGAAAACUAAGAGGUGAAACGGUUCAGGUCGACACAACCAACAUUCUGUUUGUUGCGUCGGGAGCUUUCAACGGCCUCGACAGGAUUAUAAGCCGAAGGAAGAAUGAAAAGUAUUUGGGAUUUGGAACGCCGUCUAACUUGGGGAAAGGGCGCCGAGCGGCCGCCGCAGCGGACCUGGCCAACAGCAGCGGCGAAACGGACGCCGUGGCGGAGAUCGAGGAGAAGGACCGGCUGCUGAAGCACGUGGAGGCGAGGGACCUGAUCGAGUUUGGAAUGAUCCCGGAGUUCGUCGGCCGUCUUCCCGUCGUGGUUCCUCUGCACAGCUUGGAUGAGGACACGCUGGUCCGAAUCCUGACCGAACCGCGGAACGCUGUGGUUCCUCAGUACCAGGCUCUGUUCAGCAUGGACAAAUGCGAGCUGAAUGUGACCCCGGAUGCCUUGAGAGCCAUCGCCAGAUUGGCCUUGGAGAGAAAAACCGGAGCUCGUGGCCUCAGAUCCAUCAUGGAGAAACUUCUUCUUGAGCCCAUGUUUGAGGUGCCUCACUCCGACAUCGCUGCCGUCGAACUGGACAAAGAUGUGGUUCAGGGAAAAUCGCAGCCCAGAUACAUCCGAGCCCCGGCCAAGGAAUCAUCAGAGGAGGAGUACGACUCCGGCAUGGAGGAGGAGAACUGGCCUCGGCAGGCUGACGCCGCCAACAACUGAACCACGUCUCUCAUUUCACCUGAAAUCAUUCGAUUCCCACAAACCCCCCCCCCUCCCUCUGGACACCGUGUUCGGUUCCAGCCCUUAUUUUUAUUACUUCACCUGACAAACGAAACCAUGGACGCUUCGUGAUGAAGAAGCUGAGAGAGAGUAACAACCUUUGGGUGUCUUUGUGUGGGAUAAUAAAUCUCUAGCGGUGCACCCAGUGUGGACCUUUUUAUCAUAUAUUUCAAUCUCUGGGGAUUGUUAACAUUUUAUCUAUAUAAAGAUAAGAUUUUAUUCAAAAA